AUGAAGCCUAAUAUUGCACGGAAUGAUGAUAUUCUGAUAUAUUCCAAGAAUAGGGAAGAUCAUGAUAAACAUCUCCGGAUUGUCUUGCAAAUUUUUAAGGAGAGGGAGCUCUAUGCUAAGCUUUCCAAAUGUGAAUUUUGUCUUAGUAACGUGGCUUUUCUAGGGCAUAUUGUGUCAGCUGAAGGUGUAAAGGUGGAUCCUAGUAAGAUCCAAGCUAUUGUUGAAUGGAAAUCGCCUAAAAGUCCAACUGAAAUUAGAAGCUUCUUGGGCUUAGCAGGAUACAAUAGAAGGUUUGUCAAAGGCUUUUCCAUUAUAGCCUCUCCCUUGACUAAACAUUUGAGGAAAGAAGUCAAGUUCGUGUGGGAUGACAAAUGCCGAGAGAGCUUUGAAAAGCUCAAAUCCUUGUUGACACAAGCCCCUAUACUUACUCUACCAACUGAAGGGAAAGAGUAUGUGAUGUAUAGUGAUGCAUCUCAUCAUGGUUUGGGAUGUGUUCUUAUGCAAGAAGGGAAAGUGAUUGCUUAUGCCUCUCGAAAACUGAAACCGCAUGAGUUUAAUCGUCUUACUCAUGACUUUGAGCUUGCGGCCAUUGUGUUUGCUUUGAAAAUUUGGAGGCAUUACUUGUAUGGAGAAAAGUGUCAUAUAUUUACUGAUCACCAGAGCUUGAAAUACUUAGGUACACAAAAAGAGUUGAACUUGAGACAACAUAGGUGA